CUCUGUGUGUGCAUUUCGAUAUCGUCCGCUGUUCUGGUUGAGAAGGCCAAAUAGCGACUGUCCGGUGCAGAUUGUUUAUUUUAGCUUCGUGGAAUAAAUUUAAAUUCUCACACUGAAAGAAACAAUAUUAAAAAUGAGUAAAAGAAAUUGUGGCCAGAAAAACAAAGAAAAAUGAAACCACAACACAACAACAUUAAGUCACAGCACAACAAAAUUGGACUUUAAGAUGUCUGCAGCAUUACGUCUGCUCUACACUGUAUCCAGGACAGGGUCAUUUUUGGCCAGUCAAAAUCUUGCACGUCCUCUCAGCCUAUCAGCACACAGAGCGGGAAUUAAGUAUGUCAAUAAUGAGGAGGAUGCCACAGAUAUGAAGUCCAUCACGGACCGUGCGGCUCAGACUCUUCUGUGGACGGAGCUGUUCAGAGGGUUGGGAAUGACUAUGAGCUAUCUCUUCCGUGAGCCUGCUACAAUCAACUACCCUUUCGAGAAGGGCCCUCUUUCUCCCCGUUUCCGUGGUGAACAUGCAUUGCGCAGGUACCCCUCUGGAGAGGAGCGGUGCAUUGCGUGUAAACUAUGCGAGGCAAUCUGCCCAGCACAGGCCAUCACAAUUGAGGCAGAGCCACGUGCUGACGGCAGCAGGCGAACAACACGCUAUGACAUAGACAUGACCAAAUGCAUCUACUGUGGCUUUUGCCAGGAAGCCUGCCCUGUGGAUGCCAUUGUAGAGGGCCCCAACUUUGAGUUCUCCACAGAGACUCACGAAGAAUUGCUGUAUAAUAAGGAGAAACUGCUCAACAAUGGAGACAAGUGGGAGGCUGAGAUUGCUGCCAACAUUCAGGCUGACUACCUCUACAGAUAGACAGUCUGUCAGGAACACUUUAUGGACUGUCUUAUUUCAACACAUACAGUGACAAUAAAGGGUUUAUCAUGUUCUCUUACCAAUAGUCAAAGUUUCAAUGGAUUAAGUUAGAUUUGGUUUUAGACAGUUACAGUUAUGCUGAGUGCACCUCAAAGCCCAGGGACUGACUAUUUUGAAGGCGCACAUACUUCCUGAUUUGUCUUUCAAUAUGAGCAUACACUGGCGGCCAAAAGUUUGGAAUAAUGUACAGAUUUUGCUCUAAUGGAAAGAAAUUGGUACUUUUAUUCACCAAAGUGGCAUUCAACUGAUCACAAUGUAUAGUCAGGACAUUAAUAACAUGAAAAAUGACUAUUACAAUUUGAAAAAAAAAAACAGAACUUAAACUACUUCAAAGAAUUCUCAUCAAGAUCCUUGGCUUUAUUCUAGCUGUCAGGUUUGUCCAGAUACUCAGGUGACAUUUCACCCCACGCUUCCUGUAGCACUUGCCAUAGAUGUGGCUGUCUUGUCGGGCACUUCUCAUGCACCUUACAGUCUAGCUGAUCCCACAAAAGCUCAAUGGGUUAAGAUCCAUAACACUCUUUUCCAAUUAUCUGUUGUCCAAUGUUUGUGUUUAUUUUCCGACUCAAAAGUGGCUUUUUCUUAGCAAUUCUUCCCAUAAGGCCUGCACCCCUGAGUCUUCUCUUUACUUUUGUACAUGAAACUGGUAUUGAGCGGUUAGAAUUCAAUGAAGCUGUCAGCUGAGGACAUGUGAGGCGUCUAUUUCUUAAACUAGAGACUCUGAUGUACUUAUCCUCUUGUUUAGUUGUACAUCUGGCCUUCCACAUCUCUUUCUGUCCUUGUUAGAGCCAGCUGUCCUUUGUCUUUGAAGACUGUAGUGUACACCUUUGUAUGAAAACAAUGAUUGACUGACGAGUUUCUAGAGAAAGCUGUUUCUUUUUUGCCAUUUUUGACCUAAUAUCGACCUUAAGACAUGCCAGUCUAUUGCAUACUGUGGCAACUCAAAAACAAACACAAAGACGAUGUUAAGCUUCAUUUAAGAAACCAAAUAGCUUUCAGCAAUGUUUGAUAUAAUGGCAAGUGAUUUUCUAGUACCAAAUUAGCAAUUUAGCAUGAUUACUCAAGGAUAAGGUGUUGGAGUGAUGGCUGCUGGAAAUGGGGCCUGUCUAGAUUUCAUCAAAAAUGACUUUUCAAAUAGUGAUGGUGCUGUUGUUUUUUUUUUUUACAUCAGUAAUGUCCUGACUGUACUUUGUGAUCAGCUGAAUGCCACUUUGGUGAAUUAAAGUACCAAUUUCCUUCAGAAACAGCAAAAUCUGUACAUUAUUCCAAACUUUUGACCGCCAGUGUAUAUAUGGAUUUUCUGUUCAUAUUCACACAUUCAUGUUCAUAAACUACAGUGUUCUUAGUGUUACUUCAAAUUUAAACAUUUCUCUGUACAUCCAAAGCAGUUGUUGAGGUAAAUUCAGGAAUAAACAGCCUAACAGCAGACAAACCAAAUUGUUCUAGAGAACUUAUAUGGAUGAUGCAUACUGUGAGGCCAAUGUUAAAUCCUCAUAUCAAAGCAGUCAAUCCAUCCACAUUCUCCCUACUUCCUCGUCCAAUUUAGAGGAUUUAAAAGAAGAAGGUAUAACAAAUAAUAGCACUUCGUUGGUUUUGUUGAACAGUUUUGUUUGUCCCUGUGAGAACUGUACAAAGACUAAAUACUUGUGGACUGUAUAUAAUGAAUAAAUUAAUGCUUUGUCCAAAUCUUU